UUUUAUUUUUUUACUUACAACUAGGUUAUUAAUCAAAUCGACACAGUAUGUAUUUGCGAUGUAGACUACUUGAAGGCAAGUGUACAUUCAAAUGUAUAAAAUAAAUUAUUUAUUUAUCUAUAUCAAUGAUGUAUCUUUGGAAAUUAUGCAUUUGGAUUUGUUAUUCGUACGGUCAGUCAGUGCCAGACACACACAGCCUCUGUGCAGCCACGCCCGAAAAAAUCCAAUACAUGACGACGUCGUUCAAAACUUUCGCUGUGGAUGCUGGGAGAUCAAUAACCAAGGAAGACAUUUUGGAUUUAAAACGAGCUCACUUAGUGGUUGAAGAAAAUAUGCUCCGUCGGCAACACAUUCUAACUAAUGAUAAAUGGUAUCGUCAGAUGGGUUUGUUUGUCAGCAAUGAAAUGGCGUCGUUCUUGUGAAAAAUUCAACGCAUUUAUCCCAAACCAUAUCGCCGCGCUCAUCUGCGAAUUCUGUUAGGAUAGGUUUCUUGCUGGCUCAGCUGUGUGUAUGUACACCGAGAAGGCUCCUAUAAUUCCUGGCUGUCCUACGAGGAAUUAACCAAUUUAGCCUCUAAGUCCACCAGGCAAUGUCCAUAAUGGUGUACCCCAGGGAGGACCGUCUGGAGAAGCUGUCCCAGGAGGAGAUCAUCUCUAGCACCAAGCUGGUGAUCCAGGGCCUGGAGGCGCUGAAGAGCGAGCACAACUCCAUCCUGCACAGCCUGCUGGAGACCAUCCGCUGCCUGAAGAAGGACGAAGAGGCCAACCUGGUGCACGAGAAGUCCAGCCUGCUGCGCAAGUCAGUGGAGAUGAUCGAGCUGGGGCUGGGCGAGGCGCAGGUGAUGAUGGCCCUGUCUGCCCACCUGAACGCUGUAGAGUCGGAGAAGCAGAAGCUGCGUGCCCAGGUACGUCGGCUGUGCCAAGAGAACCAGUGGCUGCGAGACGAGCUGGCGGGCACCCAGCAAAAGCUGCAGAAGAGCGAGCAGAGUGUGGCCCAGCUGGAGGAGGAGAAGAAGCAUCUGGAGUUCAUGAACCAGCUCAAGAAGUACGACGAGGAUGUGUCCCCUACUGAGGAGAAAGAUGGAGAGCCUCCUAAAGAUACACUGGACGACCUCUUCCCCAAUGAUGAGGAGGACAGUCAAGGAAUGCCUCACCAGCAUAACAGUGCAGCGGUGGCCGCAGCCCAGCAGGGUGGCUAUGAGAUCCCAGCCCGCCUGAGGACCCUCCACAACCUGGUGAUCCAGUACGCCUCCCAGGGCCGCUAUGAGGUGGCCGUGCCCCUCUGCAAGCAGGCUCUGGAGGACCUGGAGAAGACAUCCGGACACGACCACCCUGACGUGGCCACCAUGCUCAACAUCCUGGCCCUGGUCUACAGGGACCAGAACAAAUACAAGGAGGCGGCUCACCUGCUCAAUGAUGCACUGUCUAUCCGGGAGAAAACCCUUGGGAAAGACCACCCUGCGGUGGCUGCGACACUGAACAAUCUGGCAGUGUUGUAUGGCAAGAGGGGGAAGUACAAGGAAGCUGAGCCCCUUUGCAAGAGGGCUCUGGAGAUCAGAGAGAAGGUGCUGGGCAAGGACCAUCCUGAUGUGGCCAAGCAGCUGAACAACCUGGCCCUGCUGUGUCAGAACCAGGGCAAGUAUGAAGAGGUGGAGUACUACUACUGCCGUGCCCUGGAGAUCUACGAGCGCAGGCUGGGCCCUGACGACCCCAACGUGGCCAAGACCAAGAACAACCUGGCUUCGUGUUACUUGAAGCAGGGGAAGUACAAGGAGGCGGAAAUCCUUUACAAAGAGAUUCUCACCCAAGCUCACGAGAAGGAAUUUGGAUCCGUGGAUGCUGAGAACAAGCCCAUCUGGGUGCAUGCCGAGGAGCGGGAGGAGUGCAAGAGCAAAGACGGCUAUGGAGAUUAUGGCGUCUGGUAUAAGAAUUGCAAGGUGAACAGCCCCACUGUCAACACCACUCUGCGUAAUCUGGGAGCUCUGUAUCGCCGGCAAGGCAAGAUGGAGGCCGCUGAGACCCUGGAGGAGUGUGCCUUGAGGUCCCGAAAACAGGGUGUGGUGGAGCUGCAGAGAGACGGAGACAGGAGGAGGAGCAGGGAGAGUCUGAGCAGCGUAAAAUAUGAGAGCGCCUCCGAAGCGGGGGAGGACGGCAGCGUGGACUGGAACGGGGAUGGCAGUGGGGCCCUGAGGAGAGCAGGGUCGAUGGGGAGGCUCCGGGAUGUCUUACGGCGAAGCAGCGAGAUGCUGGUGAAGAAACUACAGGGGAACGGUCCCCCCGACCCACGCAACCUCCAUAUGAAACGAGCUGCCUCUCUGAACUAUUUGAACAAGAGCAGUGGUGACAACGACUCCUUUCAGAGUCCAGCAGGUGAUAGGAGGCUAAGGCAGAGCAGGAACCUGAGUUCCAGUACUGUUGAGCUUUACAGUGGAACUGGAAACUGAACACACACACUCCCAACAGUUUUUCCAAAUAUGAAGUUGUUUAAUUUUCACUUGUGCCAUUCUAAACCUAAAUUUUGUAGUUUCCAUUCCUACAUUUAAACACUGUUUAAUGUUAUUGCUGCUUUGUAGACUUUCUGUAGAAUUCAAAAAAAUAUAUUGUAAAAAUGUGCUUGGUUGUAAUGUCAUUGAUAUAUUGUGAGAUCAGACAGCGAGAAUCCUUACUGCUUGGAUUGGUUUGAUACAAAUCCCCUUUAAGGUGCUCUGUGCAAUCAGACACUCAGGGCUCAAUACACUUAUUGUGGACCCAUAGUGUUUCACAUGGAGACCAAGCAUAGCUCGUUAUUAGCUAUUAUUCACUAUACCUGCAGAUUCUGAAGGCAUGGUGGGUCAGUACUCUUCCCAAAUCAGAGAGGAUUAUUAUUUUCAAGAGCUGUCCGAUUCCGCCAUGACACUUCUUUUUACACGGGUUCCUCCCCUUUCCAUAACCAUGAACAUACUCGCUACUGUAGUUAAAUAGUACUUAAGUCAUGAAGAUGGUAUUCAUGAAUAUAGAAUCAAAUAUAUCUGCCUCCUAAAGGGGUACCUCACCUAAUAAAAAUGUACAUGAAGAAAAUAGUCGAUGGAACCAGAUAUUUCUUGUUUAUAUAGCUACUACAGCUUAGCCUUGAGCAUUGUUGAGUGUAAAACCAUUUAAGUGGUGCUAGGACUCCUGUUUUGCUUGUUGGGGGAGGGGGGGGGGCAGCUACUGAAAUUAACCUAAAUCUAAGUACUUACUCAGUAAAGGCCAAAUUCCAUGAUGUAAUUAUCAUUUUUAGGUUAGAUGGUAACCACAUGUUGACCUGGUUAUUUUAAAUUUCUUCAGGCACUGUAUAAGAAACUUAAACAGUAAUUAUUUAUCUCAGGGUCUGGGAUUGAGUGUUUCCCAAAGCUAUACUUUCCAAUGCUGUAUCAAUUCAUGCAAUACACUCUUCGAACAAAGGGUUCUUCGGGUGUCUCCAUAGAAGAAACCUUUUUGGUUCCUGGUAGAACUAUUUUGGGUUCCAUGUAGAACCCUCUGUGUAAAGGGUUUUACAUGGAACUCAGAAGGGUUCUACUUGGAACCAAAAGGGGUUCUUGAAAGAUUUAUUGUAUGGGGACAGCCAAAGAACCCUUUUAGGUUCUAGAUAGCACCUUUUUUUCUAUGUGUGUAACUAAGCCAUGUCUUCCCUGGUCUUGAUCUGUUUGUGCUCUUGCCCACAGUCUAGCCUCACAGCAUAAUGGUCAUGUUUGGCAUUAUAGCACAAACAGACUGGCACAGGCUAAGGCUAACUUUCUAUGGAUGUCAAAAUGUUCCAAUGUUGAAGAGGGGAGGCUCAUUUUCUCUAUAGCUUUUCCUCCCUAAGAACGUUGGAGAGACACAAAGGAAAACAUUUGUUUUCAUUCAGCCAUGCAAGAGAUGCAUUCCAUUAGAUCUAUUUACCAGUUGUAGCACAGAUAGUAAAUUAUAUAAUGAAAAAUGAUUAUAAUCAUGUUUUAUUGAGUUUAUGAAUCAGUCAUAUGAAUGUAGUAUUGCACUAAAAAGAUCAUUAGGCUUGAAUUGUGAAUAUAUUUUAAUAUUUGUUUAAAUAUGAUUUAAAUAUUUUUCACUUCGGUGCUAUAUAUGUGUUAAUAUAUAUGUAGAUCAGAAGGUUUUUCAUAUUCAGAUGACUCAAUGUUUAAAGGGUAUUUUAGUGGUGUAAAACUGAAUGUUAACCAUUUUCAGGUUGUGAUAUUCUUCUCAUGCAAUCAUUUUCAGUCAGAAUUCCUUCAUUGAAUGUAAAUAAACCCUUAAUAAAACAGC